UCCAGAUCUGUGGCCACGCCAAAGAAAGUUUCCAACCAAAACCUGGUUUUUGAUUCCCCAGUACAGUGACGGGGUAAAUAUCUCCCUCGAGUCACUGCAAGUAUCUCCCUCUCCGAUGGAAAAUCUUAUGCUAGUGCAGGUGCUUCAGGCAAUGAUUCAAAUGGGUGUUCUUGUACCUACUAUUGGAGAUAUGACUGCUGCCAGACAGACAACACAGUUCUUCCUUAACAGUUUUGAAGAGCGGCUUGCUGCACAAAGAAAGGGAAGAAAGUUAGCUACAAUGGAGCUAGGCUUUAAAAAGCCAUUGAGUAAGGACCGAAGAGUAAUGAAAAUGAAACGAAGGUUGGCUGCAAUUAGUAAUUCACUUGGUGUAUAGAUCUUAUGUCUGUGAUAGGUUUUAUCAUGCUUGAUUAGUUUCGAAUGUCACAACUAUAUGAGAAUAGAUUUUGAGAGUUAAGUUUAUGUGGCAUGGGCAUAAUCAAUACAAUGCAUUUUGGGAUAUUGGUUUUGUAGAAACAUAAAUAAUAAUUUGGUCUUAUGAGUUUUAGGUAUAUUCUCAGGGAUGGUAAUCAGUUUUGUCUUGUUGAACUUGAGACAUAGGAAGUUAAG